UUAUGAGUUCGCUUUUUGUCAAAUGUAUGACAUGCAAUUUAAAACCUGCCACUAUCAAGUGUUCAGAUUGUCAACCUGGAUAAAUCUGUCGUAUAUGCUAUGCAUGCGAUACACAAGUCCACAACAAAAGAGGUCCAAUGGAAAGUCAACACAAAAAAGAAAUCAUACCGUAUCAAGGUAUCCAAUAAUACACCAUAAAAUAGAGAUGUAUCUAAAGGGUUAAUCAAGUAUUCGAGAUCAAUAAACAUAAGUAAAAUUCAAUACAAAAUUUUAAUUUGUAGAGCAAACCUGAAUUAAAACAGAAAUAAUCACAGCUACAAUACUAAUAACCAUAAAUUUCAAACUCAACUCAAUAAUUUACAACUUCUCAAAAAGCAGGAAGAACUGAUGUGGAAACCAAGAAUUUACAAUAAAAUAAACCAUUUUCUGCUUAAAACAAAGAUGUGUCUAAAUUGGAAUAAUAAAAUAAAUUUGAAAUAGUCUAAUAGCAAACUAAAAUAAAAAAUAAUUAUGUUGGAAAAUAAGAAAAUUAAGAAAUCAUUCCUGUAAUUAAUAUCUUGAGUCUAUAGGAUUCAUCUAAGGAGUUGGUCGAAUAAAUUAAAAAGGAAAAGGGGGUUAAUCAAAAAUUGAAGAGCGAUUUGCAGUAAACCAAAGAUUAGCUGUAAAACAUAAAUAAAGAAGUAGAGAAAAGAAUGUAUUUACUUUGAAUUAUAAUCGAUUAUUAGACAAUAAAAUCAAAAAGAUUUGGAAAAAAAGAUCAGUGAUCUAAAGAAAGAGUACGCUGAAGAUAAGAGGAAAACUGAAUAAUUGUCAGAGGAUGUAUAGUUUCAACUUAUUUUCACAAGGUUAAAAAAUUAAAAGAACAGUUAAAAAGUACAGAUUAAUAGGCAACUAAGAAAUUAGAUUAGCAAAAGAAAUAGUAUGAACAACAACUGAAGCAAUUAGAAUAGGUAGCAUAAGAAAAGUAGGAUUAAAUUGAAGAAAUAGCAUAAGAAUUCUAAAAUUAUAACUUUGAAGACAUUCAAGCCAAAAUGGAAGAAAUGGGCAAUGAUAUUAAUUAGAGAGAUCAAUUAAUACAGGACAUGUAGCAUUAAUUGCAGGAGAAAUACUAAGGAGACAAAUAAAAUGAUGGAUAGAUAGCAGAAAACGAAGAAUUAAAGGUGUAACUGGAAUAAAAAAGUCAAGAAAUAGAGAAACUUGAAGAAUUAAUAGACAAUUUUAAAUAGUUAUAUUAACACAUGUUAGAUGAAAAACAAGUUUUGGUGGAUGAAAACGAAAAGUUAGUGAGUGAGAAUAAUCAAUUCAGAGAAUUAUUUAGUGUAAAUCUCAUUAUUAUUUAGUAAAACUUGCAUCUCUUUGGAAUUGAUCCAAACGAUUUGGAGGGCGGGGAUGAAGAUGAGACUGGAGCAGAGGCUGAGGCAGAGGAUUAUCGUUAACAUGAAGAAGAUGAGGGUUGAGGGGAGUAAUU